AGCAAGAUGCAGGCGCGGAUGAAGGCGGAGGAUUCUUUUGGGACCCGCCCGCGAGUAAUCGGGAUAUUAAAAGUAAUCGGAGUCAAGUACGUGAACUGCAAGAACAAAUUGUUCAAGCCACCGUGAGAAUUCGCGAGUUGGAGGAAGAACUUGAAAAAUUUCGUAAUAAAGCCAUUGACAAACUUGAUGAUGUUGCUGAUGGGCAUCAAAAAGCUGAAAUUUUACGGGCUAAACAAGAUAUUGUUAAUCGUAUUAUACAAAUUGGUGAAAAGGGUCGGGAGGCGGAAAGAAACAUGAAGAAACAGCAGUUAGAUGAAUCAACGUUCGUUAAUGAUUUUCGUGCCGCGAUAUCGAAACUUGAUUCUCACGAGCAAGUACACCUGAUCCGCUGUGCCCUACACGCAUUGGAGCUUGACAAUGGGAAUGAAUUGAAAGACAAUGACGACAAAAAGACAAAUAUCGCCAGAAAACGGAAUAAUUCCCAGCGUUAUCACGACGAAAUCGCCACCAAUGGGGUUCAUAAUCGAGAAACCGACUUGCUGGAUAAAAUAGCUAAAUUGCAGGAAGAAAACAAAAAUUUGACUGCUAGCAUUGAGGAAUUGGACCAGCAGCACUCUCAAUCAAUCGAAAAAGUUUUGAGUAUAAAAGAAGAACUAGAGAAGAAACACAAAAGUCUCCAAGCAGCCUAUGAAUCUCUUUACGUCGAUUACAAUUCCUGUCAAGAUAAAUUAAAUAAAUUAGAGUCUGAAUUCCCAAACAAUAAUUCAACAGUACUUUCUUUAAAAAAUAAAUUCUCAGAAGAUAAAAAUAUCCAAACUAUAUUAAAUAACGAAGAAAAAAAAGAGCUUAGCAACGAAACAACCCAGACUGAAGAUAAUCAAACUAAGGCCAGCAUUGAAUUAUUAAUUUCUCGCGUCAGAGAUAUAAUAAAAGACUGUAAUAUAAAUUUAAAACCAGAUUAUGAAAAUGAAACAAUAUUCGAGUCUUUAGCUAAGCAUUACGUUGAAGUGUCAUGGAAAAAAGAUACUCUUGAACGUCAGAUGACAGAGCUAACACAUAAACUUCACCAGACAAGUAACAUGAGAGAUAAUUUACAAAUGGAAUGUGAUGAAUUGCAGCAUCAUGUUGAGUCAUUAGAAAUGGAAAUCCAACACGUUAAGUCUAAUUUGCCGUCCAUACCCGAAGCCAGUGAAGAAAGAGUCGCGGUGCUGGAGGCAGAAAAUGAAUCCAUGAUGCAGGAAUUAAAGCGCCUGGAAGCUGAAAUUGAAUUGCUGGGCCACAAAAAUUCAGAGCUCAUCACUGCGAUGAGUAAUGUCGAAGGUUCUUUGAGAAAUCAGGAGAAUCUAGAAGCCGAAGUCCGCAAUACCAAGCAGCAGUUGGUGAUAGCCCAGCAGCAGCUCGCGGGAGCUUCAAAAAAUGUCGAGAAUAAUGAAAACAUGAUGGAGGACCUCAGUCGCAGGUUGCACGUCGCUUUGGACGAGAACAACGAGCUCAGGAGCAAAAAUGACGCGAUGGAAGUUAGGGAGAGACAGAUGCAGGAGCAGCUGAGUAUGUAUGAAGGGAAGUGCAAGAGCUUGGAUGAAAAUAUUGAGCUGAUUGAGGAGCUCAAGUUGGAUAUUAACAAUGUGAGGAAGGAAUUGAAGCACUCGGUGGAGAACAACAAGCGGCUGGAGAGCGAAUUGAAGGUGGUUAGUGAAGCUAAAGGUGAGAUUGAAAGGGAUAUUUUGGUUCUUUCGCAGGAAAAAGAGCAGUUGGAGAUGGAGAUUAAGCUGCUGAAGAAUAGUGGAGGGAUUGAUGAAGAUAGUGGUUUAAUUAGGGAGCUUAGAGAGAGUUUGGAGGGGGUUAGUCGGGAGAAGAGCGACUUGGAGUAUGAUUUGGUUAAUAUGAGGAAGGAAUUGGAUGGUGCUUUGAGCCAGGUUGAUCUUUCUGAGAAAGAGUGUUUUGAGUUGAAGGAAGAAAUUGGAAAAUUGGAGAAGAAGAGCAAGGUUGCUAAGGAAGCUAAGGAAGAAUCUGAGGAGAGAUUAGUGCUGUUGUCUAGGGAGCUUGAUUCUCUUCAGCAAGAGCACUUGUUUUUGCAGAAUGAAGCAAGGGCUGAUAGGGCUGAGCUUGAUGAGUUGAAGGGCAAGUUAGAUAAGUCGGAAGAAAUUUUGAAGGGAUGGAAAAGUAAGUUUAGAGAGGCUGAAGCUGAGUGUGAAGGGUUGAAAGAAGAAAUUUUGAGGAUGAAGGAAGUUGAGAAGGUGAAAGAAGAAAUUUUGAAGAUGAAGGAAGUUGAAGACAAAUUGAAAGUAAGUGAGAAGAAAUAUCAGGAGAUGAAGGAAGAAUAUUUAAAAUUGAAGGCUUGUAAUAAGGAAUUAAUUGGGUAUCAAGAGAAAUAUUUGGAGGUUGAAGAAAAGGUUAAGAAGUUGGAGGAAGAAAAGAGUAAGGAAGAAGUUGAUAGGUGUCAGCAGCUUGAAGGAGAUCUGGUGAUGUUGUUGAAUGAAAAGCAGCAGCUGAUUGAAGAUAAGAAAGAGAUUUCUGAUGUGGUUAAGGUUAAAACCGCGGAAUUGGAGGCGUUGAAGGAAGAAAAAAGGGAAUUAGUUGAGCAGCUGGAUUUGAAGGAGAGACAAUUACAGUCUGUGGUUGAUAAUUCACAAGAAGCUGCGGACAUGGCUAGGGAGACUAUUGAGAACUUGUCGAAAAUUGUUAAUGAGAAGGAUAAGGAAAUUGAAGCGAUAAAGUCUGUGCAGGCUUUGGAUGUUGAGAAGAAAGAUUGUGAGAAUGAAAAUAUUUUGGCUUCUUUGAAGAGCGAGCGCGAUGAACUCAUAAAACUUGUUCAAGUUAAACACAAUGAGAGUUUGCAGUACCACGCUGAAAUUCAACGUAUGACUCAGUUGUUUAGUGACCAGGCGGCUGCUCUGCAAACAUCCGUCGCGGAACGUGAGUCUUUGGAGAAGUUGAUGAAAGAUAAGGAGGCCGAGGUGCUCUGGGCGCAGAACGAACUUCAAGUGGUGCGUCAGAGGCUCAAUAAUCUUGAAGAGUCGACUAACUAUGGGGAGGUUUGUAAUAUUGUUGAGCACUCGAGUAAGCUCGCGCAGCUGGCGAUGCUUGUUGAGAAGUCUAAUGCGCUUGAAGCGGCCCUGGUUCAGGAACAGACUAGUAAUAGGAUUCUUCAGAAUCAGCUGACUGAUAGUCAGCAGAGGGAGAGUUCUGCUGCUAAAGAGCUGGAGAGGCUCAGGUCGCAUUUGAUGGAGAUUGAAGAUAAUCAUACUGAAGAGAUGCUGAUUCUGGAGCACAGCAAGAAGGAUGUUGAAGCUAAGUUGAUGCAGACUGAAGAACAGCUUAAGAAUAGUUCUACGGUUUAUACUUCGGCGAAUAUCAGGGCUAAUCAACAGGUUGAAACUCUUCAACAGCAAAUGACUUUGCUUGCGCAGCAGAGAGAUGAGAUUCAGAAUAAAUUGUCGGCUGCUGAAGAUAAGGUUCAGUCACAUUCUGCUGCGCUUACUAAUCUGCAAAUUGUUUUGGAACAAUUUCAAAGAGAUAAAGAAAAUGAUAUAAGAAAUGCAACAGAAAGAAUUCGACAGCAGUUAAAUAAUUCAUUUAAAAAACAAGAUGAACUUAAUGAAGAAAUUAAAUUAUUAAAGAAUCAAUUGACAGAAGCAAAAGAAUGUUUGCAAGCAGCUUCGCGAUUAAGCGAACAGUUGGAUAAAAAAACUGAAAAAAUACAAGAACUUAAUGAAGAAGCGAUUGAUCUCUAAAUUAAAUGAACUUGUUAAUACUGCGGAGCAGAGAAUUCAAGAAGCUAAAGAAAGUGGCAUAGGAAAAGUUGACAAAAAUCUUGUGAAGAAUUUACUGCUGGGUUUUAUAUCAGCUUCAAAUGCUGAUAAAUCAUCGGUGUUGAGAGUAAUGGCUACUGUUUUAGAUUUUAAUGAAUCUGAACGUGAUAAAUCUGGACUGAAUAGUUCUAAUGCUCAUGGGGGUUGGUUCUCUGGACUUUUACAUGGUGGAGCUACUAAGGACCAAGAAGCCUCUUUAUCAGCAGCAUUUAUUAAAUUUUUGGAGAGUGAAUCAAAACCGGUGUCUUCUGUCCCAGCGUUACCUAUUUCAAACACAUCAAUACGGCCUGGACACAGUAGACAACAUUCAACAUCUUCAAACCAAUCAGGCGGCCUUUUGUUAUCCAAUAUGACGCUUCCAUCCUUUCCUGACUUUAUACCGUCCAGAAAUACUGGAUCGAUACUGAAAGAAGUACUAAAAGACAGUUGA